AUGAAGAAAAAUAAUUUAAAACCCUUUCACGAUAAUAAAAAAAGAAAAUCACAUAAUCAAAAAAUUCAUGAUGCACAUAUUUUACGAAAACAAGAAAAAGAAGAAGCUAAACAAGCUAAAGAAGCUCGUCAACAAGCAGUCAAUGCUGCUAUGGCUCGAUAUAAGGCAAAUAAACAAUCUCGAUUAAAAAAAUUAGUGAAAAAAACACGUCGUGGUCAACCUGUUAUGCAAGGACAAAUUGAAUUAUUACUUAAUAAAAUUCAACAACAAAAACAAAAAGAAAAACAAUAA